CUCACACACACACACACACACACAAGCACUCGCCGAUCCCGCCACGCUUGGCCAACACCCCAGGCACCCAGUGCCCGUCGGAAACCGGCUCCUGCGCCUUUUGGGCGACAGGGAGCGUGUCGACGUCGAUUCGCCAACUGGUUGUGUCGCCAUUCCUGCUUUCCUCUAGCGUGCGCCAAUCGCCCGUGUUAUUCUCGAGCUGCCCGGCCAACGGCGUCCAGGUGGGGAGCAGCAGCAGCGCCGCAGCUUGCGCAACAACAAGCUUUUGCACAUGUGGCGGGGCUCCCAUUGGUGCGCGGAUGGCGCAAAGCUGCACUGACACACGGCCUCGGCGGGCAGGGAUUUGAAUUGUGAGCCAGUGAACGGGCCCCAUCCCUGACACGCCUCCCUGUGACGUCGGCCCCCUUUGUGGCAAUGCCUUCGCCGGCCCCGACAUCUCGUUAUCUCCCUCGCCUGCCCGCUGUUUAAACGCGGAUGGGGGGCACUAUAUAUAACUGGCCGAUCAAGCCCCCAUGGCCACAUGGCCUCCUAACCCGGGCCCUGUCCUGGUUGCACGGCAGGAGCAACGGCGCUCCCGGUUUGCUGUUGUUGUCCACCUAGACUGAUGGCGUUUGGCGCCGCGUCUGUGGGAGGCCUUGUCACAGGCCACCGUUCGGCACCGCGCCAUCUCCCACAGUCUUGCCCUGUUGACACAUCGAUGGCCGCUAAGAAGACUUCUCGCCAUGUGAUGUGAUGUGAUGUGAUGUUUGUCUUGCUGGUGGUAAAUGUUUGUGCUCCGAGAGACAAAGAUGGGCUGUCCAGUUGCCGUCCUGGGGUCCUUGGGGUUGCACACGCAGCACCCACCCGUUUCUUCUCGAAGCGCCUUUCUUUGUGGAGUCUACACUCGGAAACAAAGUGUCCAAACGCUGCGAGGUCUGGGCGCCACGGCUCUCUGCCAUCUGGCUGCCUCUUCCGCAAUAGCUUGACGUGCAGGAGUUUGACCCGCCUUGCUGGGUCGCCGGGGUUGGUGGCGCAGCUGCGUGGCUCUGAUAUGGCAAAGGUAAAUCGGCUCUGAUAUCAUCGUGGACACAGGUGCAGCCUCGCAGCCGCCUCAUGCACGUCUGCGCCACCCGAAUUGGGCUGAGACUGACGGUCUACUGCAAUUGACGCUGGCCAUUGAGAGAUUGAGCGAGUCCGCCUGGAAAAAUACCUCUUGUGCAACAACAACAAACCAGCAAAGUAAUCAAGAAACCGUCCAAUCCAGUCCGGACGGCAGACGGACGGUCGCGAAAAGGGGUCUCUCGAUCCAGAGUCUGAUUGAUCGCAAUCGAGCACGGCACCUCGACGAGCCCACCACGCCCACACCCCCCCGUCGCGGGCUGGCAAAUUAGUGGCCCUGGGCGCACCGCCCCCUGUAGCCGUGCUGUGCGCCGUGCGCCUUGAACGGGCGCCCCCAUAGGCCAGAUGCCAAUCGCAAGCCCCAGUGCCCCAGCCCAGGGGAGCUCAACCCACCCCAGCCCUGGGGAGUGGCACGUUCCAGUUGAUGGCGCUCACCUAAUCUCCCUCCUUUUUUUUGCUGACCCUUGACCCAGCUGCCGGUUUCCACAGGAAUGAGAAUUUGCUGGGCGGAAAAAGGCGGGCGCCCUAACGACGGGCGUGAAAGCGGCGACCUGACGAAGGAGGCGGCCCCAGACUUCCUCCACCUUUUUUCCCUCCCAUUUUGCUUCCAACAGCCAGCGCUCUCGACUCUCACGGCCCAGAUCUACCUAAUUUUUGAGCGUUGUCGAUUCACUCACUCCUUUGUAAAUUCGCUGCCUACCUACUCUUCGCACCAGCCCAGUACACUGCCUACCCUAACGCAACCACACUACUUGUUUUUAACUUCGUCUCACCUCGGCCCAGUCCUUCCUUCUGCGCCAGCAGCCGCCAGUACGAGUCCGACGACAUCCAAUCAUCUCACUUACUCGACCACCACCACCACUCUCUUCCACCCACCACCCACCACCCACCACCUACACCACCACCUCGAUCUGCGCCCUCCCCGACUUUCACGCCCGCUAGUACCAAAACCUGGCGAGGGAAGGAGGGGACUCUUGGAUCGCCACGACAUCUACCCCAACUCUUGUCACAGAGGCGUCACCGACUCGAUGGCGAGCACAAUGACAAUGUCGUCCACCUCGAUUUCCUUCUCAAGGCAGCCUGAUGCCGUGGCUGACAAGGUUCUGAGGAGGGCAGAGCUGGGAAAGAUGGCCCGGAGACUCCAGAACAGCCUCGCGCUUGCAAAGUUCAAGACGACGCACGGCCUCGAGGAGCUGACUCUGGACUCGCUGGAGCCCAGGUUCGAGGAGGAGAGGCGGCGUCGGCGCAUGCUGGCCGAAGGCGACAUGCUGUCCGACUCGUCGAGCAGCAGCGCCUCGGACCUGCCAUACUACCCCACUUCCUCGUCGGCAAACAACCGCGCCCUCACGAGCUCACCGCUCAAGGCCGCCGGCCCCAUCUUCUUCUCAGACGCCAUCGGCCCCAGCAGCGGCGGCGGGAGCACCGGCUACCACCGCAAGCGCACCUACAUGGCCACCUUUGACGGCGGCAGCCAGCAGCCUCCGCACUACGCCACCCUGUCGAGCCCCAGUAAGCGCUUCCGCUCCUCUCCCACCCCACGUAGGGCCAGGGCCAGGGCCCUAAACCCCGCGGCGGCGGCAGUAGCAGCAGUCGGCGGCGGUGGGAACCUGGAUCUCGGCGGCGGCUACGGCGGCGGCUCGGCGUGGCGCAACCACAACCAGCUGGCGCAGUCGUCGCCCAUCAAGCCGCGCCGGCAGCAGCACUUCACGACAUCCACAGGGCCUGAUGUGUCACUGUUUAAGGGAUCGCACCGCAUCUCGGAGGCCCUGGUCGUGUCGUCGCCGCCGCCCGUCAACUACGCCGCCAACCUGUCGGAUGACGACGAUGACCUGCUACCCGUGCACUCGUUCGCGCUGCAGCAUGGCGACCCCGACGCCUUCAGCGACCAUAGCGGCGCCGCGGCGACGGCAGCCGCCAUGCGCUCCUCACCGCCCCAGACACCGCCGAUGCGCAACAGGAGUCUGGCCCGCAACAGGUGCGGCAGGAAUCACAAGGGCGACGGCGACGACGACGGCGCGCAGCACGGCGGGGCUGGCAACAAUGGCAAGACGGGCGAGGAUGCUGCCGACCUGCUGCUGUACCUCGCCGCCUCGCCAUCACCAGCCACACGGUCCGCAACCCGCCGCGCAGCCAACAGCUUCUCGGCAGCGGCGGCGGCACGCAUGGACCCGCCGUCCACACCGCCGCCAAGGACGGCCGGUGGCGGCGGUGGUGGUGGCGGCGGCAUGGCGCUCCCGUCGUCCAUGAUGACGACGCCCGGAGGCGGCAACCCAUUCCCGGCCACGCCGUCGUUCCAGACGUUCGACUUUGCCGACUUUGUCAACAUCACGCCCAGCCCGGCGCCGGUGCAGAGGGGCUUCAAGACGCCCGUGGUCCUGGGCGCCGGCGCCGGCACCGGCACCGGCAGGACGCCCAUCAGCGAGACGAGGCGGCGGCUCACGUUUGACGAUUUCCCCUGAAUUACUCGACUACUACUACUAGACAUGUUUUGCCCGGGGCGGCGCCCAUGAUACCUGUUGGCUUUCUACCUUUUCCACCUCUUUCUGGCUUCGUCUCGCUACUGGAUGGUCUUUACUGUCUCUUCUUUAUUUUCUCUUAUGUCUAACGGAGUAACAUGACAGGAUCUCUUGUUUUGCCUUUUGGGAGUCUUGUUGUCUGCCUUUUUUUUUUUUUUCGCCGACACCCAUUUGGCGCAUCUCCCUAUGUGGUAUUCCUCCCAGAGUCAGAUGCUCUGGUCUUUCAGCCUGUUUUUUUUGUCAUAAUGCAUAGUGCGGAUGAGGAGCGAAGAGAAAAGGACACAACGCAAAAGGGGGGUGGAGACGCGGCAGGAAUGGGUUUACGCUACAUGGCGCGCUGCGGUUGUCGCGAUGGCUUUUUUCUUGUUUCUGAGCGAUUGGGACAGAAUGGUGGACGUACCUUUUUCGUUCUUUGGUUCUCCAUACACCCCCAAUGCUUAUCAUGUUGCAAACAAUGACCCGUGAUGAGCAUCGUGUGACACAAUUGGACAUUUCAAUAUUAUUUGCCAAUGGCUACCAG